CCGGCGGGAGUUUACACGUUGGCUGGCUGGUGGGAUGGCAGAUGAGGAAGAAGACCCCACAUUUGAGGAAGAAAAUGAAGAAAUUGGAGGAGGUGCAGAAGGUGGGCAGGGUAAAAGAAAGAGACUUUUUUCUAAAGAAUUACGGUGUAUGAUGUAUGGAUUUGGAGAUGACCAGAAUCCUUAUACAGAGUCAGUGGAUAUUCUUGAAGACCUUGUCAUAGAGUUCAUCACUGAAAUGACUCACAAAGCAAUGUCAAUUGGAAGACAAGGUCGAGUACAAGUUGAAGAUAUCGUCUUCUUGAUUCGAAAGGACCCAAGGAAGUUUGCUAGGGUUAAAGACUUACUUACUAUGAAUGAAGAAUUGAAACGAGCUAGAAAAGCAUUUGAUGAAGCAAACUACGGAUCUUGAUACUUUCUGUACUUUCUGAAGCUUCCUUAUCUUCUGGGGCAACUAUGUAUAAUAACUGCAUUUUUCCUAUAGUGGGGUACUGAUAUCUAAUCAUGAAAAUGAAAGUUGGAGAAACACAGUUUUCAGCCUUACUUUUCAUAUCUUCGAUUUUAGAGUA